AUGGUGGUGAAGGGAGAGAAAGUUCUGACAAAGAUUGCGGACUCUUUUAAGGAACUUGCUAAUUGCGUGAAUUCUCCGACGCUGCGUCUCGAGGUAGGGCAGUUCGUUUCCGCUUGCCGCGCCAUGGUCCCUCUCAUAAUCUACUUAGGAAUGCCUUAUAAGUUCGCCGUCAUGGAAUUUUCGGCCAAGGUUGAUGCACUAGUGGAGGGAUCGAAGCCAAUCGAUACUCUAGAGGACUUAAUUGAUCAUGAUAUUGAACACAAGUGCGCAAAGGUCUCAUGCAGUAAUUCGAGAAACCUUGUGAGAGUGAAGCGCUCAAUCGACAUGCUCAAGGGGAAAUUCCUUAAUUGGUCAUGUUUCAGAGCAUAUGAGCAGGUUUUUGCUCCGUACCAUGGAUGGGCUAUUAGAACUGCUGCCUAUACUGCAAUAAAUUUCGUUCCCACAAAGGCACAAGUCUUGAAGAAAUGUAAUGAAAAUGAGGCCUCAGCAUGGAUUCAGAUGCAAAACUAUGUUAUAGCAUCGUCUUCUGUUAUACAAUAUAUUGAGAAUUUAUUUCACUCAAGGGAAUCAGGCAACGAGGUGCUAGAAUUGGUAUAA